AUGGUUGAAUGGACCGAUACUCAAAUACGUAUCCUCAUCGAUGAGCGUAGAAAUAGAAAUGAAGAAUAUCAUAAUUUUGGAAGGAAUCGAAUCGGAUUUUGGAAUAGCAUCGCAACCCGAAUUAAUCAAGAACAUAAUACGAGCUUUAAUGGACACCAAUGUAAAGAAAAAUUUUCGAAUCUUGUUCGGGAUUACAAUUCGAUGUGCGAUUAUAUGGCAGGUAAUCGAAGAGCACGAAGAAGCCGAACGGGUGCACAAUAUUUCAAUGAAUUCCGUACACAUUUUUGGGAGAGGCCUAAAGACGAUUUUGAUAGAAUCCGUAACAUUAAUAGCUCUAAUCGUAGACAACGUAGAAUUGGGGGGAAUAAUACACCUACACCAUCUACUGGAGAAGUUGAACAUGUAUUAGGUCGAAGAAGUCAAAGACAAACAACAUUUCCACCUUUAUCCCAUGAUGCAAUAAACAUUAAUACAAACAACCCUGAGCAAAAUAUUAGCAUUCACCCGCCUCCGAUUGAAACAUUAUCUCCUCAACUACCACCUUAUGGGGCCACAGAUGGAGCACAAAAUAAUAACAAAUCUUCAGAAAUGAAUCAGAGACAUGUCGUUUCUAGCCAUGAAGUAGCUGACUCCGGCAAUAAUUUAACACCUAAUUUGCUAAAUAUAUCCUCAUCUGAAAACGAUAGUGGUAUUAGUAUGCACGAUGAGGAGAUAAUCAAAAAUUUCUACUAUGGAACCGAUUAA